UGAUAUUUUCACUGUUGAGUAUGAACAACUGCAUUACAUACACCUUCAAUAUCGUACCGUGAUUGUAGUACCUCGUUGUACUAUACUGAAGAAUUAUAACAUUAAAUUUAAAUACGAUGAUUGGAACAAUAUUUGUCGUAAUAAUUAUAACAACACUACUUCUUUUUACUCUAUUUCGUGACAAAAAAAGUCUCCCAGGACCAUGGAAUUUGCCAAUUAUAGGUUACCUACACAAACUAGACCCAACGGCACCUUAUUUAACUUUAACAGAACUUGUCGACAAAUAUGGUCCUGUUUAUACCAUUAAACUUGGCCUAAUUAAUGUUGUAGCUAAAGCUGAUGCGAAAAUAGUGAAAAAGGUUUUAGCAAAAGACGAAACUCUUACAAGACCGCCUCUCUAUAUGUUAAACACGAUUUUCGAAAACAAAGGAUUUGCAUUUGCGGCUCUCGAUCUCUGGAGAGACCAACGCAAAUUUGUGGCAAAUUUUUUGAAAACAGUGGGAGCAGUCAGAGUUUCACCAAAUAGAAAGGCGUGUGAAGCAUCAAUAAGAGAAUAUGCAGAAGAAUUUGUACAAGCUGUGGAAAGUCAAAACCAUUCUGUACUAUUGGAUCCUUCAGAAUUUGUUACCCUCUAUGUAAAUAACGUCGCCGGGAGCUUGAUUCUGGGCAAACAGCUUUUAUUGGAUAAAAAGACGGCUGCUGAUUUAACAGAAAGUCUUGAUAAAGUAGCUGAAUCCAUAGCGUUUGGAGGUCCCUUAAACUUUUUACCUUUUUUAAGUUUCCUACCAAAAUUCAGAAAAUCAAUAAACGAGUUAAAAGAAGCAAUGAACAGGGUUCGUAAAAUUGAACGAAAAGUGAUAGACGAGUGUCAAACGUCUUUCAGUGAAGACACUCCAUCGAGCGCUGUUGAGGCAUUUCUGUCGCAAAUGUCCAAAGGAGCUCCUAGACAUAUUUACAACCUUGACCAGUUACACUACCUCCUAUUUGACCUUUUUCUGGCCUCCACUGAAAGUAUCAUAACCACUUUACGUUGGACACUGUUAUAUUUGGCUCAGUACCAGGACGUGCAAAAUAAAAUUCGACAAGAACUCCUAGAGAUGGAAAUGGAAGAUUUUGCAAAUUUACAUUACACUAAAGCAGCGAUUGCUGAAGUGAGUAGAAUUAGGACCUUAGCACCGUUGGGAAUACCACACUAUGCGGCUAAAAAUAUUUCCGUUGAAAAUUUUAACAUUCCCAAGGGUGCAAUGAUAAUGCCGCUAUUAUGGGCAAUCCACAUGGACCCGAAAGUCCACAAAGACCCGGAUGAGUUUCGUCCUGAAAGAUUUCUGGACAGCGAUGGAAAUUUUUUUAAGCCGGAAUCGUUCCUUCCGUUUCAGACUGGUAAAAGAAUGUGCGUUGGCGAAGACCUAGCUCACAUGAUGUUGCAAAUAUUUGUUGUUAAUGUUUUGAAGAACUUUGAAAUCGGACGUCCUGAGGGUUGUUCGUUGGAUUUUACUGGUGUUUGUGGUGCUUCGCUGACCCCUAAACCACAGAAGAUCAUUUUUAAGAAGAUAUAAGUGCAAAUUUGCUAAAGUCGGCUACAAAGUUACAUAAUAAUAACAUCUAGGAGUAUUUUAUAAUUCACUUUUAGGAAUAAAAUUAUUAAUGUUGUUUAGACAGAAUAA